AUGGUCUAUGGUAUAUACAGCAUGAUGAUGUGCACCUUCAGCGCUGCCACCAUCACAGAUGAGCGAUUUCUUCCCGAUGGCAUCUCCGCUACCGGAAAAGAUGCAAAAAAUGACUACAUCGCUAAAUGGCAGACGAUCAUUGAGCAGCACAACUUUGCCCGAAUAAAGCUCACACUAUCACACCUCGACGAUUUUGCUUUGAUGAUUCAACGGAACCGGGCUCUCGUGCGUUACAUAUGGCUCUGUUUGGAACUCGAAGAGUAUGAUUGCAUGCUUUGUGCGCCUUCUACUCGAGCGACGAUGCAAAUGGGAUAUAGAGAUGAUUGCCUAAUCAUCAAAGCAUUUAGGGAGCGGUUUUCUACACUCAGCGCAUGGAAACCUAAUGGCAACUUACUACUUGAUAUCAGCAUCCACUCUCCCAGUGACUCUGAACACCGGUUUGAGUAUUUGACUCUUUUGCCCGAUAUUCCCUCCGACAAGUGUGACCGAAAUAUAUGGGAAAACCAGUCAAUGCUGGCCAAACUUGAGGCCCCCAGCACGGUUGGAUUACUGGCCGUCAAGUUCGCAUUCCGCCAAGUAUGGGUAUCGACAAGGCUUUCGAAGAGAUCAUGGGAGGAGGCUGUAGGAGAUUGUCUACGAACCUUGGAGGGAAUGGGCACGUACUAUGCAGGAUCUAACGGCUGGCUGUGA